UUGUAGCAGGUUAGGAGAACUCACGCAGCAGGUUAGGAGAAUUUACGAAUCAGGUUAGGAAAAGGGUUGGGGUUAGCUAAAAUGAACAAAAAAUAUAUUUUGAUCUUCAUUUGACAAAACUGGAUCUCAUCUAGAUACCAACCAUUCAUAGGGUUGUUACUAGACGAGGUACAGCUACGGACGAUAUUUACCAUUGAACUACUGCGAGAGUUUGGAUGUACAUUUUGAAGCCUGAUAAAUCGGCUUCUUCUUAUACGUCAGUGGUCGAAUAUCACUUUUGCUAUGGCAAUAGCAGCUAGAGGCAGGAGAGCAAUGCGCAGAUAACGGGUGGUCAAUAUGGAGUUUAUUUGAAAAUGCCACAUUUAGGCUGUAUUGGCAUUUGGCAGGACAAAUUGGCCAGGCUAUAUUGUAUCUGUGCGCUGAUACAUUGUAGUUAAUUUCCGCAGACCUUAUUUUCGGCCCCUAUCCUUUCCCCAUUCAGUUUUUCCAUAGAGACGGCUGAAAGAACCAGAGGUAGCUUAUUUUCGGGUUUUAGGACUACACAUUUUUUAAAUUAACAACAAAUCAAUACAUAAAGCACGAGGGAACACAAGCAUACAUAGAUUACAAACAAUGGACAAUCGAACUAGGGGUAGGUUUUAGGACUACAAAUCGAAGCGAUAUCCGACUCCGAUUCGUCAUCAGUCCAAACACUCGCGGUAGUUCAAUGGUACAUCUCGUCCGUAGCUGUACUCCCAUCUAGUCACAACCGUUUCACAGCGGUACCGAGAACAGUUUCCACGUAAUCCUUUUUAUUGUUUAGACAUUUAUUAACACGAAGGAACUGAAUCAUGUGACUCAUUUAACGGCACAGCAUCACGUACUUACACCAGGUAGUAUUUAAUUCGUAUUGGAGACGGGAGCUGGUUGAUAGCAGCUAACUAGCGUUACACCCCCCAAAAAAGAACUAGCGUUACCUAGAUACAUCUAACAAUGGCUGACUGUGUGGGUUUUCACACUCAAAUAGCCUCCAUCAUGGAGGUACUAGCGAAUGCAGCAGUGGCAGAGAUCUGUAAACUCGUAGACGACGACUAUGCAGUGUUUCGUUUAGAAAUAACUCAAAGCCAGAAAGAAAACAGGGGAUUGCGGAGGAAACUACAGCUACAGGAACUGAAGAUGGCACGGGAGCGUGCAGAGAGGACAAUACGAGAGCGCGUCCUCGCCAGUCGUCCCAGUAGUGUCAAGAUGCUUGACGGAUACAGAGGAAUGGCAAGAGGUGAAGGACAUCUCACUGGAGGCCAUAGGAACUUUCUGAAGCCAGCGGGACACAAUACAUGGAAAGAUGAACAACCAAUCACUGUUGAUGAGGGGAGUGGAACCUCAACCCAGCAUGUUAUUGUGAUAGAGUCUGUAGAUACAGAGGCUGCAGGUCCUGAAGGAUCGUCUCUGGUCAAGCAGGAGAAGACUGAAGGUGAGGAGGACCAACAGCACAGCAGAGACAUCCAGACUGGAGCGGCUGUAGCCACAGAGGACCCCACCAACGCCCCAGCACAGCCCAGGACUCGACUUAGCAUCAUGGAGGUCAGUGGAACGCUGAACUCCGUCCUCAAUUCCGAGACAGAUACCAAGACUUUAACUGUAACACACAGGCUUUUACACACAGGAUCUGACCACAGAUCAGACCCAAAGAGACUUGGGCUGUGGAAACUGGGCAGUCCUCCUGCUCCCGGCUCAGAUUAUGUACCAGUAUUUCACCAGAACGAGAGGACGGUUCAUUCCCGCGAGGAUGGUGAUGGUGAUACCAUCACUGGCAGUGAUGAUCAGUCUUGUUCUUACGCUACAGAGAUGGACCCUGGCAACAUGCCCUUGGGUUUAGAGACACAGACUGAUCUGUCUAGAGGGGACUGGAACCAGUACAGUAGUAGUAUAUACUCUGAAGGGUGCCAAGAUAAGAAAGUGGAGGGUCUGGUUGUAGAGGAAGUGACUGUGAAAGUGGAGGGCGACAUUUCUCCCACAUGGAAUGCAGAUAGUCACUUAGGAGACGGACACUCACAGGGAAGAUAUUUCUUAGAUUACAGGGAAAGUUUAGAGAAAAAUCCAAAUGUCACAACCCACUCGCCUUCAUACGCGUUCGGGGACCGUGACCCAGUGUCCACGUCGAUGGGGCCUUCCGAUUCACACAGCCGCAUCCUUUUCGAUCAGGUAUUGCACUCAAACGACAGUGCUAGAGCCCAGGCUCGGGGAGGGGGAGAAACAUCAGACAAUAGUAAAGAGAAACGGUUCCUCUGCAUGUUCUGUAACAAAGGCUUCAGCAGCCCUCAGAGUGUGGAGAUCCACCAGAGGGUCCACAGAGGGGUUAAACCCUUCAGCUGUACCCAGUGUCACAUGCGCUUCAGCCAAUCUAGUGACCUGAAGAGGCACCAGAGGGUCCACAGAGGGGUGAAACCCUUCAGCUGUACCCAGUGUCUAAUGCGUUUCACCCAGUCUAGUGACCUGAAGAGGCAUCAAAGGGUCCAUACAGGGGAGAAACCCUUCAGCUGCCCCCAGUGUGACAUGCGCUUCACCCAGGCUGGCAGCCUGAAGAGGCACCUGAAGGUCCACACAGGAGAAAGGCCGUUCGCCUGUCCUCACUGCGGGAAGAGGUUCUCAGAGAGGAGAUACCUCAGGAUACAUCAGCAGAAAAACCAUUCCACUCUAUAAACUAGAAACCAUUUCAUGUUAUAGCGUAUUACGUUUAGAUCAAACCCUGCGUUGUUGUCAGCAGAAAAGAUCCACAGAUGCAUUUGGAGUAGUGAAAGUAACACAUUUCAGUGUUAAAUAUUCCUGUUUUGAAUAUUUAAUCUGACAACUUGAAUGAAACAUUUGUGAGGUUGGUAGUGGCCUAUAUUGCCACUCCUAUUUGCCAUCUCUUCAGUAUAAGCCUACAAGCCACUCAGGCGUGGAGGGAAGCAAAAGUCAUUCUGCUACCCAAGAAUAGCAAAGCACCCUUUACAAACUCAAACAGCCAACCAAUCAACCUGCUACCAACACUUAAUAAACUUCUUGAAAAAAAAUGGUGUUUUACCAGAUACAAUGCUAUUUCACAAUAAACAUAUUAACAACUGACUUUCAGCCUGCUUAUAGGGAAGAGCACUCAACAUGUAUGGGACAUACACAAUGAUGAUUGGCUGGAAGAAAUUGAUAAUAAGAAGCUUAUGGGAGAUGUUUUGUUAGACUUCAGUGCAGCUUUUGACAUUAUCAUCAUAAUUUGCUGCUGGAAAAAUGCAUGUUAUGUCUUUGUGCCCAUUUUUACCACAUUCUUGCCAGCAUAUGCCUUUUAUACCUCCUAUGCGCAUGCCAGAAUGCAGGUGAUGAGUGGCAGUAGUGGUGUGCAGAUGCUGGUGGGCGUUUAUUUGCAUAAAUCCAUUAAAUAUACACUUUCAAAAAUAUAUACUUUUAUUUUUUUUGUCAGGCAGGUCCUAAGAAACAUAAGACUAAUAAUGUAUUUUCAAAGGGAUAGAAUAGGCCUAGCAUAGAGUUUAAUGAUGUUACGUACAAAUGAAUUAAGCCAAUAGUUCAUUAUUUUGUUCAUUAAACCCACGACAAACACCUACUCCAUUCAGUCAACACGCUUGUAUUUUAUAGUAAGAAUAAAUACAUAAAAUACAAAUUAUAUUUUUCCUACACAACCACUGUCAUAUAAAAAAGUGGUAUUCUGAAAUAGAAGCACGUGCUUUUUUAAAUCCUUUUUUGAUCCACAUUUCAUCUUUUUCCUACCCUCACUCCGCUUUUUAGGGAGCAGAAAAUAAAGAGUCGAGUUCAUAUUUCACAGUCUCCGCAGGCUUUUGGAGUUGCCUUUACGAGAUCGAGCAAAAUAGUAGGUCUACGCUUGCUACAUUAUAGCAUUCAAUAUGUUUCUGAUUUGCUCAGCCAGAAACCAGUUAACCAAAUAGCCUGAGACAAAUCCGUGAAAUCAGGAUUAGGAGUAGGCUACUAAGCAAAUGCGAGUGAAGGGCAAAAUAAUCCACUUGUUAAACUGCAUUGGCCUAUAUUACAUGCUGACACAAUGUUCUAACAAAUGAGCCAACUAUACAACAUGAUCAUGAGCAGUACUCACCUCAACUAAGCUAACAUUUCCCCAGGUGACAUCAGUAAGGGACCAUAACUUUCACCUGGUCAGUCUAUGCCAUAGACAGAGCAGGUGUUCCUAAAGUUUUGUACAUUAUGUAUAAGCCACUUAAGCCUAAAAAGUCUGUCAUAUAUUGUAUUUGUACUGUGUAGGCUAUAUGAUGUUCGCAAAUGCCUGUUUCAUUACUUUACUUCAACUACUUUGUUUGUCCCCAAGACGCUUUCAAUUAGAAAAUGAAUGCAGUUCAUGUGUAUGUGUGGUUUUCAUAUGAUUUAUUUAAAACUUGUUUAAUAAACACAAUGUGACUUUUCA